CCUUUCUUCGCUCCAAUUUCCGGAACGAUAAGUGUCAAACAUUUUCAACCGUCGAUCACUCAUCAGACACUUUAGAGCUCCAGAAAACCCUAUGGCGAAAACGACGCCGUCGCAACCAACCCUUCUCUUCCUCACCGUUCUCCUCCUGACCACAGCACGGCCCUCCCAAUCCUUCUCCUACUAUCAGUACCGAACCCUCUUCUCCCUCGCCCACUCGCUCAUGACGCGCGUGGCCAACCUCCGCGCAUCACGCGGCGACAUUUCGGGAUCGGAGCGGGCCAGGGCCGUCGCGUCGAAGCUGGAGCGGGGGCUCGAGAUGGGCGUGUGGGGGUUCAUGCGGUCCGCCGGCUGGGACUACCUCUGGAACUACUCGUGGAGGGACUUCCCCAAUACGGAGGUGGUAUACGGCGCCGUUUCGGACGCGAACGAGUUGCUGAGGUGGCUGGGUGACCUGACUCAGAGGAAAUCGGAUUCCGAUAGAGCCGCUUGGGUCGCUCAGAAUUACCAAAGUAUCCUCAGGGUUUCCAAUUCGCUGCUCCGUCGGCUCCUCAAUAUGUUCUAUCAUUCGGGAGCGUUGAGAGACUUGGUGAAGACGGUGCAGAGAGAGGUGGUGGAGGGCGAGCUAUUAAGGGAUUGUCUUGAAUUGGGCUCCGAUGAUUUGCAAGGUGUUGUUCAAAUCCUCAAGGAUUUGGGAUUGAAAUACGGUUCCACCAACCAUCAAGAACUAUGACAUUUUAUGGCUUGUAAUUUUAUUUUCUUUCAUCAUACACUACAAAAAUUUGUCACGUUUGUUUUUUAUGUCCUUUAGUUAUGGGGCCUCAACUUAGAGGACAAUGGGCUCCUUUAUUUAUUGCUUCUCGAAUGUAGUGUCAAUUUGCCAUAAACUUUGGAUAUUGUUUUUGUUGUUGGA